AUGGGUAGGAAUAGAAUAAAUCGAAACAGAUCUUUGGAUGGCCGUGGCGCUACAGGCUCAAGUCAUUUAAACACUUCGCUAGACUCAAAGUCAAGAUCCAGAUCCACUUCAAGAUCAACAUAUUCUAUCGGCCCAAGAUCCAGAUCGUCUACAACAACUUCGUUCUUGAAUUUUAUUUCAAAUGGAAGUCAUGCGUCGCAUUCGCUGCCGCCUAAUUGGAGAAAUAGAGAUAAAAUCUUCUCGCUCUAUAGAUUGCUAAAGUUAGAAUUGAAUUUGCCAGAUGAGAACAAUUCAGUAUCAGCACGAACCAGCGGCUCCCAGAAAGGCGAGGAUGAUAGCUCAUAUGAAGAAAUAUCUAAUUUGGUUAAGGUACCCUUGGCUUUGGAACGGUUUAUGAUUUUCGGUCUUUUGGUUUGUUUAAACUCAUUCUUGACGUUGUUUACGUUAGUGCCGCUUAAGAUUCUUAUUCUAAGCUACAAGUCCGUCUUUGAGUCUAUAGAUCAAUUUAGAGUACACCGGGGAUUAAAUUUGGACAUAUUUUACAAUAAAUUCCGCUGGAUCAAAAGAGAUGUUAUUACUCUUGCAAUUUUGAUUCUAUCUUUUUCUAUGCUUUCCUUGCCCAACUUAGACAUAUCAAGAAUGUAUCACGAUGUGAGGGGGCAAGCCGAUAUCAAAUUAUAUGUUAUGUUCGGGGUGUUGGAAGUGGCCGAUAAGCUAUGCUCGUCCAUAGGUCAAGAUAUUCUUAACAUUUUGUACCAAAUACCGAUCACACCAACUAGAAACAGGGCUUGGAUAAAGUUUGCUGUAUUUUUUAUAUUCUCCAUAUUAUACUUGUCGUUGCAUUCAUAUAUUCUCAUUUAUCAAACUGUCUCAUUAAAUGUUGCGGCCAAUUCAUAUUCCAACGCAUUGUUAACACUUUUGUUGUCUAAUCAAUUUGCAGAAUUAAAAGGAUCAGUCUUCAAGAAGUUUGACAGAGAAGGUUUAUUUCAAAUAACUAUGGCAGAUUUGACAGAGAGAUUCCAACUAUCACUCAUGUUGGGCAUUAUUGCAUUGCGUAAUUUACUACAAUUGAACAGUAUUCAUAUGGGAAUAAUACCCAAUAGCUGGAAAAGUUGGAACAAUUGGUUCGGGGCUCUUUUUGGUCCAAGCAUAGUAGUGAUUGGUAGUGAAAUUUUUGUCGAUUGGCUCAAACAUUGCUACAUUACUAAAUUUAAUAGAGUUAGACCAAGAAUCUAUCGCAAUUUCUUAUAUGUACUAAGUUUGGAUUAUAUCCAAGUAUUCAAAUCCACAUCAAAUCCCGAUAUUGAUGUCCUGUCCGAGCUAACUGAUUAUAUUGUCUUGACUAAACGUAUCGGGUUACCAUUAUUAGCUUCUAUUGUUUGUUUUCUUCGUAUGACCUAUCCUGAUCUUAAACAAUUGUUUUUUUUUCAAGCUACAAAUUCAUUUGUUUAUUCGCUCAUUAUAAGCUUAAUAUUAAUAUUAAUCACUUUCUUUACUUUAAUGUUCAUUAGAUUAAUGCUUGGGUUGGUGAUUUUGAAAUGGGCUAACAGAAUUAGAAAUGAGCAUAAGAAAUACCAGACUUGGUUACGUGAGGAAUCCUCAAAGCUUGGUGAUGCAACAGAAUAUCUGAAAUCAGCCAUUGUUGACGGGUUUUCAUUAUCACCCCAAUUAGUCUCUUCGACAGUUGAUACGGAUAUUGCAUCGACAAGUAUUGAGAGUGACAUUUUGCCUCGUGGUUUGGAUAAUCAAGUCUCAAGUCCUAAUUCACUGACUCCAACAUUGCCACUAUUUGAUCUUGAAACCCCAUCGCCUAAAGCAUCACCUAAGACAUCACAAGGCCUAUCAAAUAAUAUACCGUCACCGAAGUCGCCUAUUGAAUUAUCUUAUAUUCCAGGAGUCCCUAACACAGAAGCUUCGUCCAUUAAUCCAAGUACACGCUCUUACUUAUAUGAUUUCGGAGAAAAAGUUCCACCUACUAUAGAAGAAAGAAGGAAUCAACAAUUUAUGAACCAAGAUACUGAGCUUAAUGAUCUUGACGUUAACGGGGAUGAAGGGUUAGGUAACGUAAUGAGGUACGAAAUGUCUAGCAAGCGUAUUUGGUAG